CUACCCCAAAACGUUCAGGUCGAAGGGAAUGUACUCAUCCUCCGCUCAGUAGAUCUGGAAAGCUCCGGUCGAUACGGUUGCCACAUUCGUGGUGACCUUCAUCGCAAAGGGGUUUUGAAAUCUUUUCCCAUCGAACUGGUGGCGAUGGAGGCCAAAAUGGCGGAGGUUCCAUUCGAACCAUGCUGGGCGAAGCGGAGAAAUCCGUGGCUGUCGCCAGAGGUAAUUCAAUUGAACUAUCCUGCAAUGGCGCCCGCCCGGGGCAAUCGGUAGAAUGGAUCCGCGAAGACGGGGAGAAUAUUCCUCGUUAUAUUCAACUACGCAAUGGAAAUAUGUUGAUUACGUCGGUGGAUGUGAGAUCUGCUGGGCGUUACAUCUGCCGAAUUCGAGGUCACCCAAGUUCCUCUGCACGCUCAUCUGUUCAUGUCAUUGCUCAUCUGGAUGGAGGAACUAUCCAUUCAUACCCCGGUCAAGAUGAUAAUUUUGUCUCGCUGAAACGAGGAAGCGAGUUGCGAAUUCAAUGUUUCCCAGCCGGCAACAAUGAACGCACGGAAUGGAGCCGAGAGAACGGUGGCCCACUGCCACCAAACGUCCGCGUGGAAGGCGACAAUCUGGUGAUCAGAGGAAGCAAUCUAGGCAAUGGUGGCCGCUAUAUCUGCAAGAGCAAAAAUCUACAGGCACUCGUAGAGAUUAUUCCCAAUAUUGCUUCCGGGGAUUCCGAGUACGGCGAAGGCGGCUCAGAACAGGGAGGUGAAGGAGAAGGCGGCCGUGACGGCGGACAAGGAAGUGGAUCGGUAACGAUCCGCACCAGCGAGGGCGACAAGACGAUCGCCAUUCCCCGCAAUGGACAAGCGACACUGACUUGCCAAGUUGACGGUGCCGGUGAGGUCGAAUGGGUGCGCGAAGAUGGGCAACCGCUGCCGUCUCAAGCUCGGUUGGAAGGAAAUGUCCUGACUAUUCCCAACGUCGAUGUACGAAGCGGCGGCCGAUAUAUCUGCCGCGGACGAGGAUCGUCGCAGUCUUCGGUUGUCGAAGUUGUUGUCUACCCGCCUUCGGUACCCGGCUAUUCGAAAUUCAUUGGCGUACAAGUCGUACCACACCGUACAGUUAUCGGAGAAGACGAACAACUUACGCUGGAAUGCAUCACGACCAGACCGAACGCGAUUGUCGAGUGGACCAGAGCGGAAUUCGAGAUUCCCGAAGAAGCCACGAUCGAAGAUCAUCGCCUGCUCCUUAACCCCACAAAAGAAACCAGCGGCGGAUUUUACAUCUGCCGAGCGAUUGGUUCGCCGCGUGGCUCGCAGAAUUUCGGACAGGUCUCCAUUCGAAAGAAGAGGGCCUCCGAGGAUGACACUGUGCAAGUCGAUACCGAUAAGCCGCAGAUCUGGACCGUACGAGUGCCGUCCCAAGUUUCGGAAGCGUACUUCACCGAAGAGCGCAAGCCCACUCGACUGAAGUGCAUAUCACCCGAUGGAGCGCAAGUUUAUUGGGAACGCACUGACGGUCCAAUGCCCGAGUCCGCCCAAAUCAACAAUGGCGAGCUUUUCAUUACGUCGCCGGUUGUGCGCGACACCGGUCGCUACGUCUGCCGCUCACGACAAAACCCAGACACUGUUACGUUUAUUCAGUUCACCGUGAUUGGUGAACUGCAAGAAACCGAACCAACUGAACCAUCUACUUUGACCAACGUCGAAGUGACACCCGAUCGCACCAGCGCGGAAGAAGGAUCCACUGUUGUUUUUGAAUGUCGUGCCGUCACUCCCGAUGGUCGGAAUUCCCGUGUUAUUUGGGAAAAGAUCGAUGGCCAGCUUCCGGCGGGAGUUGACCCCUACAGCGAGCAACUGGUUCUCAAUAGCAUUCGCCAGGAAGAUGCUGGUCGGUAUAUGUGCACAGCGGUUGAUAUGCCGGAACCGAACCGUGCGAUCGGCGAACUUAUCAUUGAAAGCGGUGGGAAUGGCGAAGACCCUGUGCCGCCAACACGUCCUGGAACCGACAUCGAUGUGGUUGGACCACCGGAAAUUCAGAUUUACAUCUAUCCUGGCGAAGAAGUGCGCAUCAACACUGGCGAGACGUUGGUCAUCGACUGCUUAGUUUCGGACCCGUCGCUGCGUACGCAGUGGAUUCCACCACAGCGCGGGUCGAGAGCACCGGACACAAGCAGUCCCGGUCGAUUAAUUCUUGAAGGUGUGGGGCGCGCGGAUGCCGGUCAGUAUAUCUGCCGAGUGGACCCUGGACCGGGACUGCCACCUGUCCAGAAAGUUGUGACAGUCAUAAUUGAAGGUGAGGAACCCACUCGACCUCCUGAGCCAACUUGGCCACCCGUACCAACUUGGUGGGAACCGGAACCUGAACCCACCACGCCGGCAUACCCUCCGACACCCGUUUGGCCCGUGUAUCCGCCCACGCGUCCACCGACUCGACAGCCCGUGUGGCCGGUUUAUCCACCGACUCCGUAUCCGGAAAUUACCACAACUCCGUACCGCCCGAUCGGUCCCUUCCGGUGCCGCCCGGAUCAGGCGACGUGUAUGAAUGGUCAAUGCAUAUCCCGCAGCGGCUUGUGCAACGGCAUUCAGGAUUGUGACGACAAUUCCGACGAGAAGAACUGUGCUGGACGCUGUGAGCCGACAGAGUUUCGCUGCAACAACGGCAAAUGCGUGCAAAAGAUUUGGCUAUGUGAUGGUGAAAAUGAUUGUGGCGAUGGGAGCGAUGAGCAGAGCUGCGCAACAGCUCCACCAGGAUCACCGUGCGGAUCACACCAAUUCCUUUGUGAACGAGGUGAUCAGUGCUAUCCCAAAAACUUCCAGUGUGACGGGACGAACGAUUGUCAAGAUGGAUCGGAUGAAAUUGGUUGCACUGGACCAACCAUCACGGUGCCACCUGGACCAGGCCGAGAAGUCAAUGCCGGGGAAACUGUCGUCCUCACUUGUACGGCUGUCGGAUUCCCCGUGCCGCUGAUUUCCUGGCGACUGAACUGGGGCAAUAUCCCAGAUCCACCUCGAGUUACGGUUACUAGUGAGAACGGUGUUGGCACUUUGACCAUCCGGGAUUUCCAAGCGAGCGAUCAAGGCGCUUACAGCUGUGAAGCCAUCAACAACCAGAAUGCCACCAUUGCUCCACAAGACAGCAUCCUCACUCUUCAAGGUACCGUCAGCGAUAUUUGCCAGCCGCCGUUGUUUAAUGCUGCUGCUAGAACGGCCGACGAAUGUUUGACUUGUUUCUGUUCCGGUAUCACCCAAAAUUGUCGUAGUUGCUCCCUGUACAUCUCAGAGAUCGUUUCCCGUGAUGGUCUCGGUCUGGUGGGAGAAGAUGGUCGCCCGCUUUCGGUUAACGUCCGCCAUGACCCCGCUUCACAAGAGCAUACCAUUGAAACUGUGAACGAAGUUCUGCAGUAUGGCACUCCUCUCUGGUCACUGCCUACUGAAUUUUUGGGCGAUCAAGUCACCAGUUAUGGGAGCUCGCUUAAAUACUCUGUCAAACAUGGACCGGGAGGACAACCGACAACGUCACCAGACGUUAUCCUUGCAGGCAACCAAGUUGUGCUGUACCAUAAGUCUCCUGUGGAAUCGCGACCGGAUGAAUACAUUGAGUUUGAUGUGCCUUUCAGAGAGAACGCUUGGAGCAAAAGUCCAGGUGGCGCUAUCGAUUACGUUUCUCGCGAUGACCUUAUGAAAGUUUUGCAAAAUGUUGAACAUAUCCGAGUCAAAGCCGUAUACGAUACUCUGUCGACGUAUUCCAGCAUACGCGGGGUUAAAAUGGGUACCGCGACGUCCCAGGAUUCGGGAUUAGGGUUUGCCACCCAAGUAGAGCAGUGCAUUUGUCCUCCUGGUUACGAUGGCUUAAGCUGCGAAAAAUGCGCUCAAGGUUACGAAAGAGAUGACCGCGACGGUCGCGUGCAGUGCCGGCCUUCUUAUCCUGUAUACCCUCCUGAACCCUGGCCGGAACCGACCACUCCCGAAGGACAGGACUGUGAUCCGGAUGGAAGCGUCUAUCCGUACCGUGAUGACCGAACAGGACAGUGCACUUGCAAGGAAAACACCGUUGGCGCUCGCUGUGACCAGUGCCGAAGUGGUUCAUUUAACCUGAACCGGGUCAGCGCAUCAGGCUGCGACAUCUGCUUCUGUAGUGGAGUUACCAAAGACUGUCGCAGCUCUGGAUACUACCGCAACCAAGUGUCUGUACAACCGCAUGAUGCUAUCAACAAUGGAUUAAAACUGACAAACCGAGAGCGAACCGAGUCGUUCGAUAAUCAGGUGGAGUUUUCUCCAUCCGAAAACCUUAUCGUUUUGCGAGGUCCUGGUAAGAACGGUCAGUUGUUCUGGCAACUGCCAAACAGUCUCGUGGGAGAACGUGUUUCGUCAUACGGUGGUAAUCUUGUUAUCAAUCUGCGUGCGGAAAAUGGCAAUGGUCCCGUGCAAGUUCUCCUCUUCGGAAACCAGAUUGCGCUCGAAUACAGCAGCAACCAGGAAGCCACUCCCGGCCAACUGGCAGCAAUCCGCGUGCCGCUCGUGGAGAGGGUGUGGCGACGCAGUGAUGGCGGUGAAGCCACACGGGAACAUUUUUUGAUGGCUCUCGCAAACCUGCAGUACGUCCUGGUCAGUGCAUCCGGCAGUUUAGGGGAAAUGUCCAUUGAUACCGCCGUACCCGAGAAUACCGGUCAAGAACGCGCUGACAGUGUGGAACUGUGCAUCUGUCCACCGGGAUACAAGGGCUUGUCGUGCGAAAGUUGUGAGCGCGGAUUCACGCGGACCGGAAGCGGGUUGUAUUUGGGGUUGUGUGGACGCUGCGAAUGCAAUGGUCAUGCCCAUGAGUGUGAUCCGGAAAGUGGCCAGUGUUUGAAUUGUCGCGAUGGCACCACCGGCAAGGAAUGCGAACUGUGUGCACCCGGAUACGAAGGGGAUCCGCGAGGGGGACGUCCGUGUCGCCCUACCGGCUAUCCUCCUGAACCGGAACCGAGAGACAUCAUACAGAUAACCCCCAGUGUAACCAAUCCUCACCUGGAUGAUUAUUUCACCCUGCGCUGCGAUGUUCGAAGUGGAGAAGGCAAACAUAUUCUGUGGACGUUCAACGGCCGGCAAGUGGAUCCGUCCCGAGCGCGGAUUGAAGCUGAUGGCGCUUUGUUGGUUAUCGAAAGAUUCCGACCGGAAGAUGCAGGACAGUACGACUGUACCGUGCAUUUGGACUCCGGCUAUACCGGAACAUCUUCUGUCGAUAUCCGUCGUCCCGUUGGAGAAAUCCCUACUGGACAACCACCCACUUCUCCGUUUGUGCACAUUCUACCUCCAAAAUCGCAGACGGUUCGAAUUGGAGAUACUGUGCAAUUCCGAUGCAUCGUCCGUAGUCCUAUUACGUACACGUCAGCCUGGACAAAAGUCGGAGGACGACUUCCGUCCCGUGACUCAGACGUCGCGGGAGUACUGACCAUUGUCAAUGUGCAGGCGCAUGAUGUCGGCACUUAUGUCUGUACGGGUUCCAACGCCUACCAAACUGCAUCUGAUCGUGCGGAAUUAAGAAUUGAAGGCGUGACCUUCCCGAUUGAAGUGGACCCAACGGCUGGCGGUGAGGAAGUAACACCCGCACCACCGGGCCCGUGGCCACCUGGUCCCGUUGAACUGCGGAUUGAACCGUACUUUCAGCGCGUUGAAGAAGGACAGCCAGUGGAAUUCAGGUGCAUCGCUACCGGUCCCCAAGUACAGCUAUCUUGGCAUGGCGGACGUGAUGGUCGUUUGAAUCCACAGAGCACGGUGAGCAAUGGAAUACUCCGAAUCCCAUCGGCUCAAGUUGCGGAUGAAGCCGAAUACUUCUGCAAUGGCACCGGACCGGAAGGGCCAGUUAGCGCUCGAACAAUUCUCUUCGUUACCCCUGCUCAAGGUCUGCCAGAAGCGCGCGUUGAUCAGCAAGAAGUUCGUGUUCGUCCCGGCGAUCCGCUACGACUCCGCUGUUGGAGUGACGGUGACCCGCAACCCGAAGUCACCUGGUCGCGUGCAGACGGUGCGUUACCGGCCAAUGCCAUUCAACAACACGGGACGCUGAGUGUUGACAGCUUCUCCGAGCCUGAUCAGGGAGUCUACAUCUGCACAGCGACAAAUGCCCAAGGUUCCCGUCAAACGGAAGUGCGAGUGAUAUCAGAAAGCGGAACAACUUACCCGAUAUAUCCGGAUCCACCAACAGGUGAACCGCCUAUAGGAGAGUUUCCAGCGGAAGUCCGCGUUGAUAACCAAAGAGUAACGGGCGCGGAAGGUGAGACCGUUCAGUUGGAGUGCACCGUUACCGGCAACCCGGCACCUGUUGUUACAUGGACACGAGGGGAUCGCCAACCCGGCGAAACGGACAAUCGGGUUCAGAUUCAGAAUGGAAAGUACAUCAUUCAAGGAGCUCGAGCCGAUGAUAGUGGAUUUUAUAUCUGCGAGGCCGCGAAUGCGUUGGGAUCUUCUCAAGGAACGAUAACACUGGAAGUAGAAGAGAAAGAGCUGCCAAGGGUAUCCAUCUAUCCGGAAACUCCCCUGAGAGUUCAGCUGGGAAAUAGCAUGUACCUGCAGUGCCGAACGGAUGGGGGUAGGCCUUAUCCGGAAGUUACCUGGACUCGUGCUGAUGGAAGCCCGCUGCCGGAGGGAGCCAGCUCAGCCGAGCGACCCGAUGUGCUCCAGUUCGCCAGUAUUACGCGCGAUCACCAUGGAGCAUAUCUGUGUACGGCAAGGAAUAAGUUUGGAUCCACUACGGCCACUGGAGAACUGCAAGUUGAAGGGAUGACGUUGCCCCCUCGUGUGAUCAUCACGCCCUCUGGCCCAAUUCAUCAUCGCGUGGGAGAAGUAGUGAGGGUGGAAUGUGCCGGUGACGGACCUGACGAUGCAGUAUACUGGCAUCGUGAUUCAGCUGCGGGACGUGUCGUGGCCGGGCCUGGUCAAGGCAGACAGGAGCUGGUGAUUGAAAAUGCUUCCGCCGACGAUGCUGGACAGUACGUCUGUGUUGUCAGAGACCCAACCGGCACCACCAGCUCAUUUGCCGUGGAAGUACGAAUCGAUCCUACCGGCUGGAUUCCGAUACAAGAUACCACAACUACGACAUCGGCUCCAGUCAUCGUCCCUGUAAUCCCAGUUCGACCAACCGACGUUUCUGUUACGGAAACGCCAACACCGACUAUUCCUGUCUCGCUACCUGACUAUCGAAUUGAACCAUUCUAUCAGAGGGUGCCGAUCGGGCUGGAUUCUAAUGCCACUUUUGAGUGCAUUCAUCCACGAGAAGGCCAGCUGGCCAUCUAUUACACAUGGACGCGCGAAGAUAACCAGCCACUACCGGCAUUUGCCCGACCCCAAGGCCGUUUCUUGAUAUUCGACUCCAUAUCCGACGCGUCGGCUGGAAAGUAUAUCUGCACUCUGCAAACUGUCAAUGAACUGAAGAAUAUGGAAUGUGAACUAGAAGUGUGUGAUCCCGAUGUGGAACACUGCGAGCCUAUCAAGGAGCAAGGUGAAGUCAGACCACGACCAGUUAUCCCAGUGAUUCCCGUGAUCCCGACUGCUCCCGUGCCGUCUGUUGCCCCUGUGCUUGUUCCUACACCUGAAGUAGAACGCAUCACACCGCCUCCCAUUGGCCCCACAAUUGACAAAAACAGCAUUAUGAGAGGUGAACGAGCGGAAUUCAAAUGCGAAGGCAUUGAAAUCCACUCUCCAGAAACUGUUAAAUGGAAUAAACGAGAAGGACAGCUACCAGCCAAUUCGCGAAUCGAAGGAACAUCGCUGAUUAUCGAAAACGUCCAAGAGGAGGACGCUGGUCAUUACAUCUGCAAGAUAAAUGGACAGACUUCCGAAACUAUCCUUUAUGUCUCUGGAGUGGUGCCGCGUUUCCGAGGUCGACGGGAUUCUUAUGCCGUUAUGCCCACGGCUUUGAACAGAGUGUCUCAGAAGCCUGAUUUCGAAAUGGAUGUGCGUUUCAAACCGGAAGAGGGCUCAGGAUUGAUCUUGUACGAUGGCGCCGGUGCCGGUCAACAGGACAGAACCGAUCAACGAGCUACCGACUUCGUUGCACUGGGUAUGCGCGAUGGCCGCGUCGAAUUCCGGUUCGACUUGGGAUCGGGACCAGGAGCGGCCGUCAGUGACCUUCCAGUCACCCUUAACGCCUGGCACCAUGCUCGAGUUAGACGAAACCGCAAUCAGGCUUUCCUGUCGAUUGAUGACGGUCCGGAAGUGUCGGCCACGGCGCCCGGUAGAAUGGUGGGUUUGGCGCUGAAUUCGCAAGUGCUCGUCGGAGGUGUGCCAGAUUACGCGAGCAUUAGUCCAAAUGCUGGAUUUUCAAACAAUUUUGUGGGGUGUUUGGGCACCAUCACGAUAGAUAAUGUUGUCCAUGACAUUCUAAAGAACUCCUCUGAAAAAGCCGGUGUCGACGAUUGUGACACCUGUGCGAAGACAAAUCCAUGCCAGCACAACGGUUUAUGCCAGGAUGCUUUGACUCCGUGGGGAUUCAGGUGUAUGUGCCCAGCCGGGUUUACGGGGAACUUGUGCGAUAUGCCGGGUCUUCGUUGCCUACCAGGUAUUUGUGGUAUCGGACGCUGCAUUGAUCAACCGAACGGACUUCACUAUUGCGCAUGUCCAUGGGGCACAGCCGGAAAGAAAUGCGCAGAGGCUGUGAACAUUCGCGUGCCAAGUUUCACUAAAAACGCCUAUGCGGCAUAUGCUACUCCGAAGAAUGUGCUGGAGACUAUGGAUAUCGACAUUACUUUUAAACCACGAUCCGCUAACGAUGGCAUAGUCUUUUACGUUGCCAACGAUGAAAGAGGUCACGGAGACUUCCUAUCCCUGGCGAUCCGAGGUGGUGCUCUGAACUUGCGGUUCGAUCUUGGUUCGGGUAUGACCAAUCUGCAAAGCAUGUUGCAAGUCCAGCUCGGCAGAUGGUACCACGUACAAAUCAUGCGACGUGGAAGGAAAGCUACGAUGAAGAUCAAUGACGAGGAAGAAGUUACUGGUGAAUCUCAGGGUCGGCUGACCGGGUUGAAUUUAGCUACCAAUUUGUACUUGGGCGGCGUCAGCGACCAAAUAACCAUUGCUUCCGGUGUCGGUGUCCGGGAUGGCUUUGAUGGAUGCGUCUCCACGCUGCAAAUUAACGGAGCGUCGUACGUCCUUAACGAUGCUGGCAGUGUCCUGGAGAGCUCCAGCGUUUCAGAUUGCGGCGACACUUCCGCCUGCGCUAGCCGACCAUGCCUGAACGGUGGACGUUGUGUGGAGAAUGGAGACGAUUACCAGUGCAUAUGCAGCAACGGAUUCGGAGGUAAGCAGUGCGAAGCGUCCGUGGAUAUUUGCUCCCGGUUGUCACCGUGCGCGAACGGUGGCACGUGCGUAGCCGUUGCUGGAGCGGAGGAAGCCUUCAGAUGCCAUUGUCCGCUACGAUUUACCGGUGCCAACUGCGAAUCAGAAUAUCGAUUAGAACGCGAGCUGCAGUUCGACGGUGAGGGAUUCUUAGAGUUCGAGGGGUCACGCUUGCCGCACGCGGGCGCUAAGGAAGCCGAUUCAGUAGCACUGGAGUUUAAGACGGCCGAGCCCGAUGGCUUACUGCUCUGGCAUAGCCAGAGAGGGGCUCCGGCUGGUAAUGCCAAAGAUUUCUUGUCACUAUCCCUGAAGGAUGGCUUUUUAAUUUUUGGAUUUGAAUUGGGAAGUGGACCAGCGAGGAUUGUAUCGAGAGAGCGAAUGAACGAUAAUCAGUGGCACAGAAUCAGCAUUAAACGAUCGGAAAAACGCGGUACACUGAGCAUCGACAAUGAUGCCGUAAUCAUACAAGGAGAAGCGAGGGGAAACAUGAAACGACUCGACACCACCGGCAACUUGUUUAUCGGCGGAUUAACUGAUAUUCCGACUCUGACCGCCAAUCAGCACUCAGUGGGAUUUAAAGGAUGCAUUCGCGAUUUGGAGAUCUUGGAUUCUGGUCCUAUUGAUCUGUCCAACGAAAGAGGAAGAAAUGGUCAGCAGUGUCAAGGUUGAACGCGAACCGUGCCGGUUUCGCGGUAGUUACUUCCAUCCUGGUGCCUAAUGAAAAUUUUUAUUAGCGUAACUGAAUCUGACAGCAGUCUGAUUGAGGUUUUUAGGGAUGCUGCUUUUUUAUGUGUUUUGUUGCCAUAUUUCUACAGUUAUAUGCAGUUAAAUGUGGGCGCAUUUGCAUUUUGUUUUGUUGCAUCAGUAUUCGCUCUGCUCUCGCGGCAUUUGCUAGCAUGGGGCGUUUGUUCUUUUUGAAUACUGCCUAUUCACACUGCCUUACACUUUGUGCCCUUACUGAUUAUUAUUACGGUCUGUUAAUGUCAAAGUAAAUACGAACUUCGAGUAUUUUGGUCAAUAAAAGCAUUACACAAUA